GUGUUUCAUACCUCUGUGCUGCGGAAGUCUGAUUCAGAGAGUGGUUUCUGCCCAGGGUGAGGACAGCAUCCGAAACUGACGCUCAGAACCACCAGCAGAUCCAGCCUUCCUCUCCGGACAUCAUGAUAAAGCGCAAGCUGAGCUUUAAAUGGUUCGGGAGCCUUUCCAACCUCUCCUUCCGUCGCUCUUCAGACAAAGGAGACUCCAAGUCUGCCCUGAAGCACCAUGGGAGUUUGAGUGAAGCUCCAGUGGAGGAGAAGUCAGCGGAUGACAUGGACCUCUGUCCCCACACUGCCAGUUAUGCCCGGUCCAGUGACAUGUACACUCACAUGGGCACCAUGCCCCGCCCCUCACUGAAGAAGAAAGAAAAGAGCAUCAGAGGAUCUAAGAAGGCCAAAGGAAAGACUGAGCUGAGCAGGACACAGAGCCAAAAACAGACAGGGGACUAUGUCUGUGACUCGCCCCUGCUCAUGGCUUUAUCCACACAGCGGAUGCAAACCCUUGAGGGACCCCCUCAACCCCACCCCAUGCCUGACAGGCCUCUUCCCUGCGUGCCGACUGAAAAGCCACCAACAGACACUGACCUGAAAGUGGACUCGCCAGCAGAGAAGCAGCUGGCCAUCACACAAUCACAGACUCCGCUCAAUCCGGAUCCUCCUGGUAAACCAGAAAUGCCAGGGAAACAAUCACAAACGACCAGUCUGCAAAUGUCUGCCCCCACCCCGACAGCACCUACCACCCUGACCUCUCACCCUAACUCAGUGAAAGCACCUAGUGAGGGUAGCCUCUCCCAGGGUCCAAAUGAAGACCUACCAGCUAAUAGUCAUCCAGCAGCACCACCCAAGACGACCUGCCCUGGACAGAGAGAGGAAGAGCACUCAGACACAGCAAAGCAGGAACAGCUGCGAGAUAAAGACCUGAAGACAGAGCCUGAGACCAGUGACUUGGACUCCAUGGACAGCAGAGGUGAAUAUGUGAAGGGAGGUAGGUGGUCGGGUGAGGCUGGGGAAACUGAGGUCUUCAGAGAGAAUCAGUUCUCCAAGGAGAAGUACCUGCUGGACUCCCCACCUGAGAAGCUUCGGAAGGAGCUGGAGGAGGAGCUGAAGCUGAGCAGCAGUGACAUACGCAGUCAUGGCUGGUACCAUGGCCACAUCCCCAGAGAGGUGUCGGAGACGCUGGUGCUGCGGAACGGGGACUUCCUGAUCCGCGACUCGCUCACCAGCGCGGGCGACUACGUGCUGACCAGCCGCUGGACCCACGAGGUGCUGCACUUCAAGAUCAGCAAGGUCCUGGUGAAGUCCACCGAGUCGCGGGUCCAGUACGUGCUGGAGCGCGAGAGCUUCGACUCGGUCCCCGCCCUCGUCCGCUUCUACGUGAGCAACCGGCGGCCGGUCUCGCAGCAGAGCGGCGCUCAGAUCUACUGCCCCAUCAACCGCACGCUCCCCCUGCGCUACCUGGAGGCCACCUUCGCCCUGGCCAACGGCAGGCACGGCCUCGUCCACUCGCCGACCUGUCACAGGGGAGCUUACAUCAAGAGGCGGAGCGUCACCAUGACGGACGGGCUGACCGCGGAGAAGAUGAUGCCUCACAGCCCUUCCACUGUUCACCACAAGGAGGCGAUGAGGAACUGUGCCCUCAGCAUGGAUCAGAUUCAGGAGUUCCGCUGCCCCCUGUCUCCAGUAGGAGAGACUCCUCUCUCUCCAGCAUAUAGCUCCAUCACCCGGCAUCGCAGCCCUUCAGGGGGGCGGGUGUUGAGUGUGAUCCCCUCCUCUCCAGUCCUCCGACGCUCCAGCGAGCCGCAGCUCAGUCCCUCGUCCAAUAACAACGUGCCCUUCUCCGAACUGAACCCCAGCGCCCGCUCCACCCCAGCGCAUGGCUACCCUGAGGGGGCCGGGGGCAGCUACUGCGAGCUGGGCCCCAACCCCGCCCCGGCCCCGGCCACGCCCGCCAAGAGCUACGUGGAGCGCCUCCGCGCGGAGGAGGGGCGGGGCGCGCCCCCGGGCAGGGAGGACGGCGGGGAGGUUUUCGUGACCCCCCUGGUGGAGACCGCCUCCUCCUUCAGGCCCGGGACGUACCAGUCUCCGCUGAUGCCCGCGGAGAACAAGCCCCUGGAGAUGAGCAUCCUGAAGAGGGUGAAGGAGCUGCUGGCUGAAGUGGACGCUAAGACCGCCGCCAAGCACAUGACCAAGGCUGACUGCACGGUUGCUAGGAUACUGGGUGUUACCAAGGAGAUGCAGAGGAUGAUGGGAGUUGGCUCUGGGCUGGAGCUGCUGACUCUGCCGCACGGACACCAGCUCCGUCUGGACCUGCUGGAAAGGUUUUACACCAUGUCCAUCAUGAUGGCCGUGGACCUGCUGGGCUGUACAGGCAGCACAGAGGAGAGGGCCGCCCUGCUGCACAAGACCAUCCAGCUGGCGGCCGAACUCAAGAGCAACCUCGGCAACAUGUUUGGAUUCGCCGCCGUCAUGAGGGCUCUGGAGCUGCCGCAGAUCUCUCGGCUGGAGCAGACCUGGAUGACGCUGCGUCAGAGACACACGGAGGGUGCCAUCUUGUACGAGAAGAAGCUGAAGCCCUUCAUGAAGACCAUGAACGACGGACAAGAGAGCUGUGUGCUGUCAAACACUUCCUUCCCACAUGUGGUGCCACUGCUGUCGCUGCUGGAGAGGGGUGUGGCCAUUGGCGAGGGGGUGGAGCCAUGGGAGAGUAUGGAGUCGGGGGUUGACGUGGUGAUGAGUCACCUGGAGGCAGCACGUACCAUUGCACACCACGGGGGGAUCUACCGCACCAAUGCAGAGACCAAGCUACAGGACUUCCAGGAGAGGGAGGAGGUGCUGGAGCUCUUCCACACCGAGUUCCAGAUGCGUCUGCUGUGGGGCAGCCGGGGAGCAGAGGGGAGCCAGGCCGAGCGCUACGAGAAGUUCGACAAGGUUCUGACGGCCCUGUCCAACAAGCUGGAGCCCCCCAUCCGGCAGAGCGAACUAUAGCGCCCGCCCCCGCCCUGCGCGGGUGGGACGAGCGAGAGAGAACGGGGCGGCGGCGCUCAGAUGACGCACGCAGCGCUGAGAAAGGAGAGAGCAGCUUUGGACUGGUAAUAGGCACUAGGGGCGGGGCUGAACAGACCCUCUCGCCUAGCGGCCACCCUGCCAGGAGGAGACGGGAGAGGAGGUGCCGCGUGACUCCAGAGGAACCUGAACGGAGGAGGUCCGUUACCUGCCCUGCAGAAAGAGCCCGGGAGGAGUGUAAAUAUGUCUGCCAUCGAGCGUCUUUCAGAUCCAUCCACCGGUCACUCCCUGUCGUCGUGGUGACAGGAUCACCGUCACGCUCUCGGCCUGCGGCCCCUGAUUAGCCACGCCCUCCCUGUUUCCUCCACUUACCUGCGCACUCCUGCGGUGUCGCUGCCCCCCCCCCCCCCAGUUUCACCUGCUGCUAUGUCAAGCACUUCUGAAACAAUCAAUAGAACUCACGGCUGCGGAAUCAUCAUCUCAGCUUGAACGGAGAGACGGCGCUGCUCUGUCCCAGGAGCGCACGGUCACGGGCACGUUCACAGGCCACGUUCACCGUGCUGCUUCGCCCACGACAGUGCCAGGGAAGGUCAGCCCGCGGUCCGAGCCGCGCCGCGCCGUGCCGUGCCGCGCCCUGCCGCUUAACCACAUCUCUCACACACAGACUGGAAAAUGUUUGAAUGUAUGUUGCCAAACCAAUGCCACAGGACGGUGUGUGCUUCCUGCACAUGCUCCGUCAUCGUCCUCACUCUCUCGGCUCCAGAGCGUGGCGAUUGUCUUGUCCCCUCGAGCCUUACGGGGACCCCGCUUCACAGACGCUCCGCAUUCGCUCGCCCCCUCGUCCUCAGGUCUCCCGGCUUGUUUCCCGCAGUAUUCCACUUCUCACACAUUUCUAUCCAAACGAACAAGCCUCAGCCCAAAUCUGUUCUUUUCAGCCCGGCCCUGUCCCAGUUUCCCACUGUAUAAACAGCAUGGAAGAACAGGGAAUUGCACAACUGAAUGUUGCUGGUGUCGUGAUUCCUCAGAUCACCCUCCCGCCAACACGUUUCCUCAAGACUGCAAGAGAAGCUACUGCUAGCAUGAUAAUGAGCACUCUAGCUUGCGUGUAAAUGACUGUACAGUUUAAAGUAUUUAAUUUGUUCCGUUGCAAUCCCAUUUGCAAGCACAUUUGUUUUUUGGACGUCGUCCAAUCCUCACUAAAUUCCAACCCCAAGAGCUGUUGUUUUUUUGUGUGAGAUUUUGCUGUUGCCGUGGUGUCCAGGUUAAUAUGAUUCUUGCUGAAAUUGUGUAAGUGUUUUUCUUUUUUUCCCCCAGGCUGAAUUGAGAUGAGUUGAAUUGAUCUGUGAAUGAGUUUUUUUGUGUGUAGUUUGUUUCUGGGACUGGUCAUGCAGUUAGUUAGCCUACAGAAUGACAGGGCAUGCAUUUCACACUGCACAUUUGCUUUCCCAGACAGCGGUGGUCACUGACACAGUGAUUGGUGCAUAAUACAGACCGUUCACUUGUGGCGAAAAUGCCGGUGGUAAAUGGUUUGUUAAAACAUCAGUGGUUUAUUCCUGCGGUGAAGCGGGGGAGCAUUUUUAGAAUGGUGGGUACAAUGUCUGGCUACAGUGUCACUCACUCUUCACCACUCAAAACAAUAUUCUCCUCUCAAAGGUUUUGUCUCUGUUUCCCUGAUCUUAAUGUGAAUGUGCAUAUUGAAACAUGACUGUUUUAGCAGUUGAUAUUUUAAGGAUUUUUAAAACAAAGAUAUUAACACAUACCGUAUAUGCUUUAUCACCAAACAUCCAUUUUAUACACCAUUGCUAAGAUCCAUUCCAGCUGCAUGGGUAUCCAGUCCUACAGGUUUGCACAGGUGAGCCUGUACCCACAAUGCCCCUGUUUGUGGAACUCAGGAGUUCAGCUGAGACAAAGACUGCAUUUUCUUGCUACGAAUGCAACAGGACCAACAGUUUUUUACCAACAGUUCUUGUCACCUUUUAUCCACAAUUUCAAGAAAUGAUUUCAGCCAAAUUGUCUUUAGCAGUCCCUAUUUCCUGAUUUACUUCUGGAAUUGAAAAGCCAUGUUCACAAAUGUGGAGCUUUUUAUAAAAAGAUCAGUCCAAAAUUUCAGGAAUUCAGUUUAUUAUUUCUGUUGAGUAAUUUGUUUGAAAAAAACAAAUAUGUGACAUGGAUCUUCUUCGCUUUAAUUUUAGCUGUGUUGGGGUGCCUCUCGUUUUUACUGUUGGUUGUUAGUCUGGACGGGUUGUGGCCUGGCUGCAGUUGUAGCAAUAGAACAUGAGAACAGCACAGGCUUCUGUAUCGCCAGCCUCUGCAAGCAGCUCUGUCUCUCCCUGAUGGAUUUCAUUAUGUAACUGGGCAUUAUGGGAGAACUCCUCCAUCACUGUCUGACUGUCUCAGCUGGAUGUCCAACACACCCUCACGUGUCUGACGUUUGCUCACAGCCCUUUUAGUGUGUGUCCAUGCAGCGACAGAGACCGACAAGACCGGUCUCUGGGAGUGUUUUGAAGCAAAAAUUGCUGGUCUAGAAGAGGAUAAUAUUCUUAGCUUCACUUUUUGUUGUACAGAAUUCUGAGUGCUUAUUUCCUGUUGUAUAUAGUCAUUACUGAAUAAUUUCGUACUUGUAAACAAAAAAAUGACAAAACCAAUACAUGAUCACAUGAGUUUCUUAUGUACAUAUGUCAUAUUUUUUUCAAUUGUUUUUCCAAGAAAUAAAAUAUAGUAAGCUUGUGUCCAUGAGUGGAUGCCUUA